AUGUCUAGAUUGGCAUCAAUACCGGCAGUUGUCAUUCGCUUUUCGCCAUUGGAUACUAGUAUUAUAUCGGAUACUAACCAGAAUCUCGACCGGAUACUGAUAUUGUUACCGAAUACCGAACGGUAUCUCGAUCAAAUACUCAUAUCGCGGCUGAUAUCCACCGUGAUACCUACUAAACCAACCUUCCUUUUUAGGCACUCUCAAGUCUUCUCUUGCUCUCCAUCCAUCAAGCGACAGCGAAUUUCCAUCCGUCUUCCUCCUUAUCGCGGAGCUCUAAAAGCACUCAAACCGUCAAUCAGCGAACGCGGUAACCAGAGAGAGCGAGAUCGUGAAAGGGCCCAGGCCAGGGCUGGUCAUAAGUCUAAGCACUCCAAAAAUGAUGGAUUAACCCCCGAACAACGCCGAGAAAGGGAUGCAAAAGCACUUCAAGAGAAGGCUGCAAGGAAGGCUGCGCAGGCUGGAGGAGGGAACAAUGCGGUUGGAGGAGGUAAAAAAUAGAAUGUUUAUGAUGAUUGGGGGUUGUUAGAAGAAUAGGUUUUGGUGAUGUACUAAUCUGAUUUGAGUUUCUGGUUUUGGUGUCGUAUUUGUGUCAAUUGAUAUGAACAAAUAAGGCAUUGAUGUCCGCUACUAAACCUUUGAGUUCCCCCAUAUGAUUUGGAAUGAAAUU